CAAAACAACUUGGAGCAAUUGUGUAUAAACUAUGCCAAUGAGAAACUUCAGCAGCAUUUUGUGACCCACUACCUAAAAAUUCAACAGGAUGAAUAUGCAGCAGAAGGGCUGGACUGGUCCUUCAUAAGUUAUCAAGACAACCAGGACUGUGUAGAUCUUAUAGAAGGGAGUCCAGUUAGUAUAUUCUCUUUACUUAAUGAGGAAUGUCGUUUGAAUCGAUCUUCAGAUGCCAGCCAGCUGCAGUCUCGUUUUGAAAAAUCCCUUUCCCCCAACAAGUGUUUUGGAUGGGAUAAAUUUAGUGGAAUACCUAACUUUAUUGUAUCUCACUAUGCUGGGAAAGUGACUUACCAGAUUGAAGACAUGGCGGAAAAAAACAAGGAUCCUGUUCCCCCAGAACUUAUCCAGCUUCUGCAAGAGUCCACAGACAGCCUGCUUCAAAAGCUAUUCCCGUUGGAGUGCAAUAAACCACCUGAUGUUCCAACAUACAGUAGGACAUCACCUACAACGGUUGUUUCUAAAUUUAAGGGAUCGCUUGAAAGCUUGAUGCACAUUUUGCACAGGACAACCCCACACUAUAUUCGAUGUAUUAAGCCUAACAUGGGCUGCAGAGCAAUGGAUUUUCGAAAGGAAGAGGUUCUUAGUCAGCUAGAAGCUUGUGGCAUUGUGGAAACUAUUAACAUAAGUGCAGCAGGCUUUCCUAUCAGGAUUUCUUUCCAAAGCUUUGUGGAGCGCUAUGGUUUGGUUGCACCCAGUCAACAAAGGAUGGAAAUGCACAACCACAUAAAAUGACCUUUCACCUGCUAAGAAAAGACGAGGUCCUAAUUUAGAGGACGGGGGCAAUGAUUUGCAAAAUAAGUCACAAAAGAUCCUGGAAGCUGCUUUGCCAAAAUUAUAUGUAGAUGCUACAUCAACCAACACACUAGCCCACUGCGGUACCCACAAAAGUGUUCCUCACACACACAGUGAUAGACAUACUUGAAAAGCAAAGGGAGCGAGCUUUCUCCCAGAGAGCAUUCUGUAUUCAGUGCUGCUGGAGAAGAUACAGACAAAAGAAGCUAGCCAGGCAAAGGCGAGCGGCUACAUCUAUCCAAGCAGGUAGUAUGAUGGGGUUGAUCUGUAUUUUGUGGUCUCUACACACUGCUCACAGAGACCUGUGUUUUUAUAGACGGUUUGCUUAG